ACUCCAGUUGGGACGCCAGAGGAUGUACGUGACGACUUUAUUUUGGAGUGUCGCCGAAGCUACUCACGUCCAAACAGUCCAUACGUCUUCUGGGACGAUCCGACGAAGGAGUCGAGUGUGGAGCGCAGAUGGUAUCUGUUCGAGGACACGAUUGUAGAUCAUUCCGAGCGCCUUCGACGCGUCCUAGGCCGACUCGGCGCAGAGGUCGAGCUGGAGAUCAAGACGUAUAUCGAUCAUGCCAUCAAGAGAUCGGAGAGGGCGAACAGGAUGCUGCGCUGUGAGCGUAUGCGUUGUCAAGCAGACAUGGUGGUCAUCAGCCUGAAGUAUAUCGAGCGCAUUGCCAAACCAAAGGAGGAUCUGGACAAGUAUGAGUUGGAAAAGCGAGCGAGCCGUUUGCGCUACGGUCGUAGUUUUACCGAUAGACAUUACGCAGAGCGUUGUAUCGAUUUGCAACGAGAGAUUGAGCGAUUAGAGGUGCUCGCGACCGAGUCGCGAGGGACGCUUGCAUUGCUCGGUGAUCCAUCGGAGGCGGCAGAGAAACAAUCACAGCCGAACGACGAAGCGCAGGCUGGUGCUGAGCCAAGUCAUUCUCGACAGGGAACCAAGCGAAAGUGCGAGACGAACGACAACAGCAUUGGUGUGAAAGCCUACUGGCUUCUUUUGUUUCGCCAGGGACAUACCCGCAUACAUAGAUCAUCACUCCAUGUCUACUCCUCCGACACAAGAUGCAAACACUAUUGCCAACCUUCAAGAGAUUUCAACAGUGGUUGUGGCACAGUAGUAGUAUACUUUAUAUUGGCACAAGUCAAAUCCCUGAUGAUAAAAUUUAUCAACAAUUAAAGCGUUACGUGGAGAGGCCAACCUUUUUAAAAUGAAUCCGUUGGGGAGCAGGACGAGGGUACAUGAUGGCCCAUGGUACAACCAGGUCAAGAAUCCCGAAUAUCCACAGAGACCAUUUCGUUAGGGGAGUAUCGGUCGCUCAUAUCUACAAUGAGUCGCAUAAACAACAAUGUGUCCAUGCUGCUGGACAUGAAUCAAGC